CCUCUGGGCCAGACGGAGGGAGCCGCAUCCAUGGGUCUCGCCAUGCAGCCGGGGGCGCCCUACACGCGCGCGGGCGGCUCAGCGCGCGGAUGCUGGUACUACCUGAGCUACUUCUUCCUUUUCGUCUCGCUCAUUCAGAUGCUCAUCAUCCUGGGGCUGGUGCUCUUCAUGGUCUACGGCAACGUGCACGAGGGGACCGAGGCCAACCUGCAGGAUACCGAGCGCCGCGCCGCCGCGCUGCACGCACAGGUAGUGGGGCUGGCGGGCGCUCGGGCCAACCUCACACGCGACCUCAACCUCACGGCUCGCGCCAAGGACGCGAUCAUGCAGAUGCUGCUGAGCACUCGCCGCGACCUGGACGGCCUCAACAACAGCUUCCGCCAGUGCCAGGCCGACCGGGUCACCUACACGAUACACCAGCAGUACAUGGCAGCGAUCAUCCAGAGUGAGCAACAGUGCCAGGAGCAGCUAAAGACGGACAACAAGACCUGCCACGACCGGUUUUUCGUGCUGGAGCAGAAGAUUAAGGUGCUGGAGAUGGAGAUGGCCAAGGACAAGGCGUUGUGCAGCCGUGAGAAAGAGGCGCUGGCGCUGGCCCGGCACCAGGUGGAGACACAGCGGUCCGAGUGUGAGCGCGCUCAGGGGCAGCUGGCACAGCAGAAGCAGCUGUCGGAGGAGCGGCUGCAGCAGGUGCAGGCGCUGUGCGCACCGCUGGACCGCAACAGGUUAGAGACCGAGCUGCGCAUGGUGUGGCGGGACUCCGUGAUAGCGCGCGCGCUGGACAACCUGAACUUCGGCGCGGGCUACAGCAUGUAUCACGGGCCGGGCACAGACCCGGUCUCGUUGCGCCGAGCCUGCGACCAGCUGCCCGCAAUCAUGGCGACUAAGAGCGAGGAGCUGGCUCAACGGCUGCGUGCGGACAUCGAGCGCGUGGCGCGCGAGAACGAGCGGCUGCAUGCUCAGAAGCUGGAGGCGGAGCAGCGCGUGCGCGCCGGGCAGACUGCGGCGGAGAAGGCGCAGCAGGAGGCGGCGCAGCGCGAGGCCAAGUUCCGCGCCGAGUGCUCGCGCCAGACAGACCUGGCGCUGGAGGAGAAGACAGCGCUGCGCAAGGAGCGCGACGCCUUGGCCAAGGAGCUGGAGGAGCGCAAGCAGCAGGUGGCACAGUUGCAGAUGCAGGUGGCGGUGAAGAGCGAGACGCUGAGCACCUGCGUCAAAGCAAAGUCGCAGCCGCUGACCCCUUCUCGCGCCGUGGCUCCGGUCCCCAACCCGCCACCCAUUGACCCGGUCAGCCUGGAUGAGUUCCGGAGGAAGAUCCUGGAGUCUCAACGUGGUGUCGUGCUCCAGGUCAGGGGCUGAGGCGGCCGCGACCUCGAGACGGAGGGGACGAUGCGGGGACACCUAUACCGACGCCGCCCGCGGGCCCCACGCCGCAUGACGCCAGGACGCAAAACCCCGCAGUGGCAUCACAGGCCGAGGUGGCGCUGCGCGCUGACAUCGUCUGCAGAGGCCACGAAGCCCGACCUGCAGGGCCCUGGCUUCUGGCACGCGCACGCGGCAGCAGCGGUGCCUCGCGCACCCCACCUCUGCUCGGCGCCCACAGCACCCCGGCUACCCCGCACCACCCUCCUGCUUGCUUAUCUCCAGCACCGGGACCGGAGGUGCGAACAGGAAGCCAUUGGCUGCCGCACCCCGCCCCCGGCUUCCCGGUCAGCUCUAGAGAGUUUCUAGCCCUUUCUCAGGAGUUUCGAGGCUCCCCGGGGAGUUCCAGGAGCCAAGGAGGCCCGGCCCCAGGAUGAGCGCCCUACCGGCCCCGCACGCACACCCCAGCCCUGCCUGCGGUCGAGACACACUAGAGCCACUUAAUAAAUGUUAGAAGCA